AUGGCCCCUCAUCGAUGGCAUCUGUCUGCAUUGCUUGCUCUCUUCAUUGUGUCGCAACAAGCAGUGAGCAUCAAUGGCGUAGCUUAUCAUACAAUCACAGUGGACCAGUCUGGGCAUGGCAAUUUCAGAACCAUUCAGUCGGCUAUCAAUUCCAUUCCAUCAAACAAUAAUCGUUGGAUCUGUAUCUAUGUCAAGGCUGGAAUUUAUAGGGAGAAGGUGGUAAUCCCAAUGGACAAGCCAUUCAUCUUUCUUAGAGGAGCUGGGAGGAAAAGAACUUUUAUUGUUUGGGGAGAUCAUCUCUCAAUUUCUCAGAGUCCUACCUUCUCUAUGAUGGCCGAUAAUUUCGUAGCCAGAGGCAUAAGCUUUAUGAACAAUUACAAUCUUCCGGUGCUGAAAAAUCGGAAUCCAAGGAAGCCAGCGGUGGCUGCUAUGAUAGCUGGGGACAAGGCCUCCUUUUAUAAAUGCAGUUUCUAUGGUGUUCAAGACACUUUGUGGGAUGUUGAAGGUCGACAUUACUUUAAGGGAUGCUUCAUCGAAGGAGCUGUAGACUUCAUAUUUGGAGCUGGGCAGUCGAUUUAUGAGAAAUGUAUGAUAUCAGUAGUGGGAAGAGCUCUGGGGCCUGGCAUUCGAGGGUUCAUAACGGCGCAAGGAAGAGAUAGUCCUAAGGAGACAAAUGGGUUUGUUUUUAAAGAAUGCAAAGUGACUGGUGAUGGUCAGGCUUACUUGGGAAGACCAUGGAGGGUGUAUUCCAGGGUUCUAUUCUACAAGACGGAGAUGCCCGGUAUUAUUGUUCCUGCUGGAUGGGAUCCUUGGAAUUAUUCGGGAAAGGAGCAGCUUCUAACCUAUGCUGAACAUGACUGCUAUGGUGCGGGAGCGGAUACUUCAAAGCGUGUGUCGUGGGAGAAGAGGCUGAGCACAUCAACCGUGAUGGGUAUGACAAGCUUGGGAUACAUUAAUGCCGAGGGUUGGCUUAACGGACAACCUUAA